AUGGCUCAAGCUUCUUUUAUUAGCCUUCUCCUCAGUUUUUCCAUCAUAAUCCUUUCUAAUGCAGCCGACAUAAACAUAGACUGUGGAUCAUCAAGCUCGCAGGUUGAUGCGGAAAACAGAACGUGGAUCGGAGACACGGACUUCGUAACCACCGGUUUGACGUCCUCAUUUAAACCAAUGGUCAAAACCGCUGAUUCUCUGACGACGCUCCGGUAUUUUCCUACGGGGGAGACCAACUGUUACUCCAACAUUCCGGUCGAUAAAGGUGGGAAAGUGUUAGUUAGGACGAGAUUCAACUAUGGGAACUACGACGGAGAGGACAAGGCUCCCAAGUUCGAUGUCGUGUAUGAUGGAAAACAUCGAGAUUCAGUCGUCACAACGACAUUUAUCAGCGGUACUCGAUCGGAGGCGAUAUUUAUUCCUGAAAAUGGGAAUACUAGUGUUUGCUUUUUCCGUACGUUCUUGAACGAAAACCCUUUUGUGUCUACCAUUGAAGUAAGGAGGUUGGACGACUCCAUGUACACCGAUCUUGGCCCCAAGGAAGGUUUCAUUCUCCAGCAACGCAACGCAUAUGGUAGGGUACAGGAUUUAGUAAGGUCCCCAUUUGAUCCUUAUGAUAGAAUUUGGGCGCCAACACCACUUUCGACUGUAACUCUAACAAGUGCUGCCACUUCUAUCAACACAACAGGUGCUGAUAAUCGACCACCGGAGAUUGUUCUUCGGACCGCUUGGUCGCGGAAGGACAUGGCUUUCUAUGAUAUAAAGCUACCUUUUUCCGGAGUAACAUUUUACAUUGUCCUUUAUUUCUCGGAACCACUAAGCCUUGGUUCCGAACAAAAGCGGUCUUUCUUCGUUAACUAUGACAACAAGCAAGUUGGUGCAAGCCAAAUCGUGCCACCUUUCGGGGCAGUGACGCAAGCGUCUUUGAGGGCGGUGGGGACGAGUAGCCUUCCCUAUCUCACAUUUAAAGCUACACCAGACUCGAAUUUGAACCCACUCAUCAACGCUCUCGAGCUCUAUGUCAUUAGCAAUAGUGCUGGAAACGGGACGGGUUCAACCACCACCGGCAGUGGAGGUAGUCCUAGCACUGGCGGUGGCGGCAGCCCUACUACUGGCGGCGGUGGCGGGAGCCCUAGCACUGGCGGUGGCAGCGGCAGCCCUAAACCUGGUGGUGGCACCCCUAGCAGCUCAGGAAAGUCCGAAGGAGAGAAAGGCAGCAACUUAGGUUUACCACUUGGUCUUUCAAUUCCGUCGUCGUUUAUUGUUCUUGGAGUUGGUGGUUGGUACGGCUAUAAAUUUUUCAACAAAGCCAAACGCAACCCCGAAUCAGAAAGGCCACUCACCACCAGCACUACCGUUCAUCAUCAUUAUGGGACUGAACACAAUAUCAUAGCAGACAAAAUAGGAAAGGCAAUACAGACUACUAAGAAAUAA